CUUCUUCCUUGUUUAGCUGCGUUGCAGGCACUAAAGAGAAAGAAGAGGUUGGAGAAGCAGCUCUCGCAGAUCGAUGGCACCCUGUCCACCGUCGAGUUCCAGCGAGAGGCCCUGGAGAACGCGCACACCAACACCGAGGUGCUGAGGAGCAUGGGCCUGGCGGCCAAGGCCAUGAGAGCGGCCCAUGAGAACAUGGAUUUGAACAAAAUAGACGAUUUGAUGCAAGAAAUCACAGAGCAGCAGGACGUCGCCCAAGAAAUCUCCGAGGCAUUUUCUCAGCGCACUGGGUUCGGCGAGGACUUCGAUGAGGAUGAGCUGAUGGCGGAACUGGAAGAACUGGAGCAGGAAGAAUUAAAUAAGAAGAUGACAAACAUCCGGCUUCCGAAUGUGCCUUCCUCCUCCCUCCCGGCGCAGCCAGACCCAACGCCCGGCUCCUCGGCCCCGGCCGCUAGGCCCCGAGCAGCACCUUCCCGGCGGGCAGGCGGAGAGGACGAGGACCUCAAGCACCUGGCAGCGUGGGCCUCCUAACUGGGAGGGAGCUGUUCUGACGCCUAAAUCUACGAGCUGUACAUAAGACAUAAACAAUAUUUUUGCCAAGUUCAGAAGUGAGCAGAGGCCCCGUUUUAUA